GAUUACCAGCUAUAAUGCAACUCAAGCUGAGAGACUGCUGAUGAAUGAAGAAUAUCUUCAGAUCGCACCCUUAUGUUCUCAGCUGCAGUUGAAGCAACAGAAGCAUGAAUCUGGAAGUUGCGAAGCCUGAAGCAAAGACAGGUGGCAAAGCUCCCCUCAGAGCCACUGGCCCUGGGAGCUCCCAGGGCCCACCCAAGUUCAAACAGAGGAACACCCGUCAGUUCAAGAGCAAGCCUCCUAAGAGGGGAGUUAUUGGCUUUGGAGAGGAAAUCCCUGGCAUGGAAGGACUUGGCGUGGAUUUUAAUGUGAUCUGCCCAUGGGAACAAUACAGCCAUCUAGAGCUUCACGAGCUUGCUCAAUAUGGCAUCAUCUGAGUCUCUUCAUCUGGGUGAAAUUGUUUCUAUAUGCACAAAGGGAACUAACGUGGCAAGUAACUGCAGUAAUAAGUUAAAAGUCAUUAA